CUUGAGGCUAAAAUACCUCGGCCCUCGGAGUGCAGCCCGGCGAGUGUGGUCUGGGCUCUCUUUCUAGCCGCAGAGCGUCCGUUUGACGCUAGUCAUCUAAGGAAACAGGAUGCCAAAAGCCCACCGGACCAAAAUAAUAUUAAAGACAUCCAAGGAGAACAUCUCUGAAUGGGCGGCAAGAUUCCUCAGACAGGUCUUGCUCUGUGAUGUUUAGCAGUGAAUACGAAUGUUACCAAUGGACACUAGAGCCGAAAAUCACCUUGGAGGACACCUGCUCUGACUCCCUCAUUUCACAGAUCUACUGCAACAGAAACUCUCGGUCUGGAACUCAAGAAAUUGCAGGUUCAAAAUGCUGCCCAGGUGAUUCUAAAAGUAACCAGCUCACAAGCUCACAAUUGUGACCCCUGGAGGGUCACAGCUGUAUCUGAUUGAGAAGGGAACACAGACUCGAUAAAAUCCCUGCCUUGUCAGUCCUGCGCUGCUUUCAAGAAAUGUAGCUUCAGCUCCAGAUCGUCAAAGAGAAUUCAUGAGACUCGCUGUGCACACUGCAUUGGAAAGUCAUUAAAACCGCUGAAGCAUGUCACGUUCAGCACUCCUGGCCACAGAAGUCUUAGAACACCUGCAGGUAAGGCAGGAAACCUCAUGGCUGCAGAGCAGCCUCUAAAGCCAGACUAGAGGGGAAGCCCUCCAGCAGCCCCCUCCCCUCCCAUCCCAGCCCGGCCCAGAUCACCCAGUUCCGAAUGAUGGUGUCUCUGGGACAUUUAGCCAAAGGAGCCAGCCUGGACGAUCUCAUCGACAGCUGUGUUCAAUCUUUCGAUGCAGACGGAAACCUGUGUCGAAGUAACCAACUGUUGCAAGUCAUGCUGACCAUGCACCGAAUUCUCAUUUCCUCUGCUGAACUGCUCCAGAAAGUUAUCACUCUCUAUAAGGAUGCCUUGGCAAAGAAUUCACCAGGGCUUUGCCUGAAGAUCUGCUAUUUUGUAAGGUAUUGGAUAACAGAAUUCUGGAUCAUGUUUAAAAUGGAUGCCAGCUUGGCAAGCACUAUGGAAGAGUUUCAGGAACUGGUGAAAGCUAACGGCCAGGAGCUGCACUGCCGCCUGAUUGACACAACUCAAAUCAAUGCCCGUGACUGGUCCAGGAAACUGACUCAAAGGAUAAAAUCGAACACCAGCAAGAAACGGAAAGUCUCCCUGCUCUUUGACCAUCUGGAACCAGAAGAGCUCUCGGAGCACCUUACCUACCUGGAGUUCAAGUCCUUCCGGAGGAUAUCUUUCUCCGAUUAUCAGAAUUACCUUGUGAAUAGCUGCGUGAAGGAGAACCCUACCAUGGAGCGGUCCAUUGCCCUGUGUAACGGCAUCUCCCAGUGGGUACAACUGAUGGUUCUCAGCCGCCCCACCCCCCAGCUCCGAGCUGAAGUCUUCAUCAAGUUCAUCCAGGUGGCUCAGAAGCUCCACCAACUACAGAACUUCAAUACGUUGAUGGCUGUGAUAGGAGGGCUCUGUCACAGCUCAAUCUCCAGGCUCAAGGAGACAAGUUCACAUGUCCCGCAUGAAAUCAAUAAGGUUCUGGGUGAGAUGACCGAGCUGCUAUCCUCCUGCAGAAACUAUGACAACUACCGGCGUGCCUACGGGGAGUGCACCCACUUCAAGAUUCCCAUCCUGGGGGUACAUCUUAAGGACCUCAUCUCCCUGUAUGAAGCCAUGCCCGACUAUCUGGAGGAGGGGAAGGUGAACGUCCACAAGCUGCUGGCCCUUUACAAUCAUAUCAACGAACUGGUCCAGCUGCAAGAGGUGGCCCCACCCCUGGAGGCCAACAAGGACCUGGUGCACCUGCUGACGUUAUCCCUAGAUCUCUACUACACUGAAGAUGAAAUCUACGAGCUUUCUUAUGCCCGGGAACCCAGGAACCACAAAGCCCCACCACUAACACCUUCAAAGCCACCAGUAGUAGUGGACUGGGCCUCUGGAGUAUCUCCCAAACCUGAUCCAAAGACCAUAAGCAAACAUGUUCAGAGGAUGGUGGAUUCUGUCUUCAAGAACUAUGAUCAUGACCAGGAUGGAUACAUUUCCCAGGAAGAAUUUGAAAAGAUUGCUGCGAGUUUUCCAUUUUCCUUCUGUGUGAUGGACAAAGACAGGGAAGGCCUCAUCAGCAGAGAAGAGAUCACUGCCUACUUCAUGAGGGCCAGCUCUAUCUACUCCAAGCUGGGCCUGGGCUUUCCUCACAGCUUCCAAGAGACAACCUACCUGAAGCCCACUUUCUGUGACAACUGUGCUGGAUUUCUCUGGGGAGUGAUCAAACAAGGGUAUCGGUGUAAAGACUGCGGGAUGAACUGCCACAAACAAUGCAAAGACCUGGUUGUGUUCGAGUGCAAGAAGCGAGCCAAGAACUCAACAGCUCCCACAGAGAACAGCACCUCUGUGGGGCCAGCGUCCAGCCUUUGCUCGUUGGGAGCCAAAGAUCUGCUCCAUGCACCAGAGGAAGGACAUUUCACAUUCCCUAAUGGGGAGGCUGUGGAACACAAUGAGGAGAGUAAGGAUCGGACCAUCAUGCUCAUGGGAGUGUCCUCACAGAAGAUUUCUGUUCGGCUGAAGAGGACUGUUGCCCACAAGGCCACCCAGACUGAAGCACUGUCUUGGCUUGGCAGUGAGGGCCCUUCCAGUCACUUUGUGCUAUCUUCCCCAAGGAAGACAGCCCAGGAUACUCUGUAUGUACUUCCCAGCACUACAUCUCCAUGCCCCAGCCCAGUCUUGGUCAGAAAGCAGGCUUUCGUCAAGUGGGAGAAUAAAGAAUCCCUCAUAAAAUCAGAGGAGGAGCUCCGUCACCUCAGACUCCCAACCUACCAAGAGCUGGAACAGGAAAUAAAUACCCUGAAAGCAGAUAAUAAUGCUCUAAAGAUCCAACUGAAAUAUGCACAGAAGAAGAUAGAAACCCUCCAGCUUGCAAGAAGCAAUCAUGUCUUGGCACAGAUGGAGCAGGGUGACUGUUCUUAGCCCAGAAACUCAAGCAGCACCAACUGCAGAGUGUAUCAGAGAUCUCAUUUCCUAAACCUCUUAACACGAAGACCUGGGAAACCUUAGACUGACUGGCUUUCAAAAGGGUACUUUAAAGAAGGAAAGCUGGUUACUCUUGUUACUUAAAAGAUUCCAACUGUGCGGUAUGGUUUUCUCUUCCAGCCAGUUGAAUCAAAGGGAGGAAAGCUGAAGAAUGCAAAAUAUUUGCCAUUCAUACCAGAAAUUUUUUUUUCCCCUGGGACUAAUAUCAAAAGCAUGAUAAAAAACAUGACUAUAGUUUUCUGACAAGAUAGCUUCUUCUAUCUAUGUGGC